AUGCCCAGCACCCCGGCGCAGACGCUGGAAGACGGACUGGAUGUCAAUAUGGUCGCGUUUCAUUUUGACCUGGCGGUCGCCUCGGCACUCCCGCUCCCUGAUUUCGUGCGACUGCUUCGGGGCCAGACAGAGGCCGAUCCCCGUCCGAAUAAAGAUCUCUACGAGCUGCCCCUACCGCGCGACCCGGCGCUGCAUGAGGCUGCGCGUCGCUGGAACGAGGUCGUUCGUCAUGGCGUCGUACCCGAGUGGCUACCGUCACGCCCCGCCCGCCAGCCAUCCCGGCCGCGCAACCACAGCUCCAUUGACGAGCACCUCUCGCAAGUUUGGGCGCACAUCCGCAAGGGCCAGGCCGACGGUCGCUACCUGGUCGUCCGGGCGUCCCUGCUCGACCAGUGGCACGACAUCUUCCUCUCCCCCAUCGGCGUGGUGGCCAAGGAUGGCACCGACAUUCGGGUUAUCGACGAUUACUCAUUUCCUGAAGGCUCGUCAAUCAACGACUUUACCGAUCGUUCCCACCUCCCGGCUAUCAAGUACAAUCCGCCCGCUGACAUCGCUCGCCGCAUUGUCGAGUUACGACGGGAGUACCCGGACAUUCGGAUUCUACUAAUGCUCGGGGACGUCGCGGGCGCAUUCCGGCACGUGCCGGUCAGCGCCGAUCACGCGCACAUGUUUGCGUUUGUCCUGGGCGAGUACCUGGUGGUGGACCUCGCAUGUGGCUUCGGGUGGUGUGGAUCGCCCGCUUGGUACUUCCUACCGGGAACGCUUAUCAACGGCCUCUACGAAGAAUCGCCGUGCGCAACAACCGCAGUGUCACGACCACUGACAGGGCUGUUCUGGUGUGACGAUCACACGUGCAUCGAGCCGGAGGACGGCCUUCGAUGCUUCAAGGCUAACCUCGCACUACGACGAGCGAUGGCUACAGUUCUUGGGCCCAAAGCAAUCAACACCCGCAAGUUUAAGUGGAGUGAGCAAGGACGAGCGCUGGGCCUGCUGUGGGACACACGCGCCGGCACACUCACCAUCCCGGCAGAAAAGAUCUCGAAGGCACAGCAGCGAGUGCAGGCACUCCUCGACGGAGGCACAACGACAAAGACCAACCUGCUGCAGCUCCUGGGGUCGCUCCGCCACGUGGCGUCGUGCUGCCCACCGGCAAGGGCCUUUUACCAGCGCCUACAAACCGCCGCGAAUACAUCGCGCCGAUACGGGCGGCACCAGUUGUCGGCGGACGCCUUCCAAGAUUUGCACUGGUUUCGAUACAUUCUGCUCCGUCCCAGUCGCUUCAACGGUAUCCCGAUCUCCCAGUCGGGAUGA